AUGAUGGUAACGGAGACGGAGGACUGGAGUUCGUUGUUGUGCAAUGACGGAGUAACGAAGGGGAAGCUAACGGUGUACUACGACGACCAAGAGAUUGACGGAGAGUCAACCACCGUUCACUACGGAGGAGGUGAGUGGUGGGAGAGAGUGGUGAGGAUGAGAAACGAGGCUGACGGUUGGUACCGUUACGUCGAUUUGACGGAGGUUAACGGAAAUGUGGUGAGGUUGUGGGAUGCUGCUAACGGAGUCACUAAUGGUGGCUGGGUUAAUGUGCUGCGUAAGGAGUGCUAUGCUUGA